AUGUUCCACCCGAGGGAUUUCACUGUUUUCAUCUCCUGCGUGGUCCUCCUCAUCGUCGUCCAGUCCAGUCACGGUUCAGAGAUUAUUGGCGGGAAAGAAGUGAAGGCCCACUCGCUGCCUUUCAUGGCUCUGAUGGAGAACCCGAAAAAGAAGGAGAUUUGUGGGGGGACACUGAUCCACCCAUCAUGGGUCCUGACUGCUGCCCACUGUACCGGCGUUAAGAAGGUGUUUCUUGGGGUGCACUCCAUCGCAGAAAAGGAGUCCAGCCAGGUCCGCGUUGUUAAGAAGGAAGUCUGUCACCCUUGCUAUGAUUCAACUGAUAAGGUCAACGACCUUCUGCUAGUGAAGCUCAACAAACCGGCGAAGCGAACCACGACGGUGAAAUGGCUCCCGUUGGGCAACAACGCCAAAGACCCGGUGGCUGGCGCCACCUGUCUGGUGGCCGGAUGGGGGGUAACGGACAUCGUUGCCAAGAAGAUUUCGGACGUCCUGAAGUCGGUCAACGUGACCGUGAUCGACCGAGUGAAGUGCAACAGCCCAAAGUAUUACGGCCUACGUCCCGUCAUCACCAGAGGAAUGAUAUGUGCCGGUUCCAACGGCCAGAACAAGGCCGACACCUGUCAGGGGGAUUCAGGAGGCCCACUGUUGUGCGAUGGAGCGCUAGUCGGCGUCACGUCUUUUGGAAAGGGGUGUGGCCUGAUUGAUAAGCCCGGAGUGUACGCUUUCCUGUCAGAGAAACAACUCGUCUGGAUCAAAAAGAUCACGAACAAGUCUGAAAUAUAA